AUGGCUGCCAGAGCAGAAGACUAUCUCGAAUCGCUUCUAACUGAUGCUUUUAAGGGGAAGGGGUUUCAGAAAAUAAAUGAACUGCUUCAAGAGAAAGAAAUUGAACCUCCCCAAAAAUACAGCGAAUCUCUCUUUAACCAACUUGACAAAGUAUUGAGAAAGGAGUUGGACAAGAAUGAAUUCCAGAAUGUUUCACUGUUGUUGAAAUGCAUUCAGCUCUACUUUAAGAGUGAUCUUCAGGAAGGGGAAAGCUUAUUUAUUGAGCAAGGGCUGGUACAAAAGAUGAGUAUGAUACGAACAAGAGCGUUUGUGAUCCUUAUAGACCCAAAUGAAAACAGAUCUUUGAUGAUGCUUCUUGAAGACUUCUUUGACUGUGCGUUGGUGAUUUGCAAGUGCAGUAAUGAAGGGAAGAAAGAGCUGGUGAAUUUAUUUCUACCUGAAUUAGGGCAUCUUGUGACAGAAGCAAAUGUUUGCUGCGCCCUGCGGCAGGAGGCUUUGAGGACUCUCAACUCUAUACUAGACUGUGUACCGCGAGAGGAGAGAAAGAAGUUUCCUCUGUCCGAAGAGAUGUGUUCACUCACGAAAGAUCUUGCAAGAAGUAUUCUGGAGGUUGGUGACUAUGACCUUCAGGUUGCUCUUUCAGAAGCACUUUGUAGGCUAAUGACAAAAAAAUGGAGAGAUGACCUUGUUCACCACUGGUUUGAAGAUAAUUAUCUUGCUGAAGCUUUCAAAGAGAUCAAGGAUAGAGAAUUUGAGACGGACUGCAGAAAAUUUCUUAAUCAACUAAAUGAAAGGCUUGGGGAUGAAAGAAGAGUCUAUUCAUUUCCUUGCAUAUCUGCUUUUGCUGACAUGAAUGAGGUGAAGAAGCCCUCGGACGAGAAGCUGGAGGAGUUCUGGAUCGAUUUCAACGCUGGGAGUCAGAGCGUGACUUUCUACGUAGACAGUAGUGAGGGUGCUCUGUGGGACUCUGUGAGGCUGUCGAAAGAAGCAGUCAGUAGUUACAGCCUGAAGGAGGAAGGUGGGGAAAAGAUUGUUAAAAUUUACAUGAAGAUUCCUGCUAUUCUCAACAAAAAUGAAGCAACAAAGAUCAAAAUAUCCUUCAGUGCUGAGUUUGAAAUCUUAGAUGUAGUCAGAAAAGUCCUGGGAGAUGAAAAAAUGAUGAUAAAUGUGGCUGAAGAGGAGCCCGUCCGUGCUGGGGAGCAAGCCAGGCAGACUGAUGCAGUAAUACCGGAGUCCAGUAAUCUACAGAGGAAGAAAAACCCUUCCAGCUCUGAAAACACAGACUCCCUCUCAGACAUCCUAGACUCUCGGCACAGAGAGCAGUUAGCUGACACCGUAACAAAAACGGUUAACUCCAGUGUCACCAUGAUUACAGUGAGCCAGCAGACUGACAUGGAGGAUGCUAACCCAGGCCCAGCAAAAAAAUCCAAAACUCCAUCUCCAAGGACGAAAGCUAAGCCUAGUGAGAAGCCCCUAGAAGAAGAGCCCAUAGAGGAAUCGACACCGAAGGAUGAUGCCUGGGAAAAGAGAAAUAGAAAAUCAAGUUUGGUCAAGCAGAAGACUGAAGCCAGGAGCGAUUUCUAUGACUUUGAAAACUCGGACUCUGCAAGCCAUGAAAAGGUCGCUGAAGCCAAAGGAAAGAUCCUUGGACAGAAGUCGUCCUCACAAAAUCAGAGGAAACAUCUUUUCUCUGAAAGUAACAGUGAAAAUGCAAGCACUGGUCCAAGUGAGAAAAGCUGGAUCCUUGACUCUCAGAAAAGAUCGUUGCCAAGAUCUCUUGAUUACACCCGAAAAAGGCCCAGGGUCAGAAGUAAACUAAAAGAUGAAAUGCACUCGGAGCUGGAAGGGGAUCUGGCAUCAUUUAAUGCUUCUGCUGAGGACUAUUCCAACACUGAAGAGAAGCCAACACAGAAGUUUCCUGAUGCAUCUGACAAAUUGUUGAGAGAAGAACAACUGUUUAAGCGGAAGGACUCAGAUAUUUUAGCUGGCACUGUCUUGAAGAGGCCUAAACUUUCCAGUUGGGAAACAAGUCACUUGUCUUCUGACUCUUCUUAUAAACCAAGGAGACUUUUUGAUUCAACAGAGAAGGAAAAGGAGACUGAAACAGGCCAGAAAAUGGUUGAAAUGGAUGACGCGUUUUUUUCCAAGAUACUGAGUGAAGAUGUCAGUGAUUCAGGGGUUAUUACUGCAUUUGAAAGCUUUACCAGCCAACUAAAGAAACUGUUCUGGGCAGGUUUGGUACUGAAAGCAGAAUGCAGGGUUGUCAGCUGCCUUGUGCUAUUGCAUCUGAAAACGUCAAACUUGUUUCUGUUUUUCAUCAUUAGGCUAAAUAAGCUGGAAACCUUCCAAAAGAUUGUUGUUGAAGAGCUUGCCAGUCUGGAGAAGGAAACUCAAGUCUUAGCCAAUCUGGAGAAGGAUGCAGUGGACUUCUGGAAUGCACAGGCCGUCAAACUGAAUUCUUUCUGCAACCAGCAAAAGCAAAGAAUUCAGUCUGUUGAUUCAGCCCUGGGUGAAACAGCAAAGAGUUUUGUUGAAACUAUCCAGAAUACCACGUAUGAACACCCAGUGAAGAAGGCAGCAGAAAACAAUGUGUUCAUUGUUCCUUCUGACUAA